GACACUCAGGUACACACAGCUGUCUCAGGCAGGUGAUCUCAUCAUUGAAGUUUAUCUGGAGAUGAAGAUGCCCGACUGCUGCAUCACCCUGAAGGUGUCCCCCACCAUGUGUGCCGAGGAGCUGACCAAUCAGGUCCUGUACAUGAGGAACAUCCCGGCCGGAGACAAAGACAUCUGGAUGACCUUUGAAGCCAUCGAGGAUGGACAGCUGGAGCGACCUCUGCACCCCAAAGAGAAAGUUCUGGAGCAGGCGCUGCAGUGGUGCAAGAUGGCCGACCCAAGCUCCGCCUACCUGGUGGUGAAGAAGGUUCCUAAAGGAGAAGGCAUCAACAUCCUCACCUCCUACAUGAGUGAGAUCAUGAAGGUGGGCCUGCUGAGGUGCCGUGAAGAACCUCCGAAGCUCCUUCAGGGGACCAGGUUCCAGGAGAGGACCUUCCAGAUCCGGGACCACAAACUCCUGUUGCUCAAAGACAAGAAGAGCAUCAAACCGGAGAAGGAGUGGUCUUUGAAGUCCAUGAAGAUCUACAUGGGGAUCCGUAAGAAGCUGAAGGCUCCGAGCAGGUGGGGCUUCACGGUGAUGUCAGACAAACACCAGCUGUUCCUGUGCUGCAGUUCUGAGGCGGAGCUGUGGGACUGGGUCACCAGCUUCCUGAAGGCUCAGAACAUCGACCCGGGUCCUGCCGUGCUGCGGCGCCACUCCUCCUCGGACCUCUCCAAGCAGAAGUUCGGGACGAUGCCGCUGGUUCCGAUCCGAGGAGACGAGAGCAACAGCAGCAUGCUGUCGGCCAAUCAGACGCUGAGGAAGCUCCACGACCGGAGAACCCUCUCCAUGUACUUUCCCAUGAAGGUCCAGCAGGACUCGUUCGAGGAGCGGCCCGAGUCUCCGGACCUUCCCGAGCCGCUUUACGAGGAGGUUGGGGACUUUGGCCUGCAGGUCCUGAAGUCCCUGGAGACCAGCUUCCGGUCCAGCAGAGUCGCAGAGACCCAGGAGGUCCCGGACCAGAUGCCGCUGAGACUGGUCCUGUCAGAAACRGGACACCUGGAGCACAUGGUGGUCCCGGAGGAGGUCCGGACGGCCGGCGGUGCCGAGGAGGCGCCGGAGACGGGCAGCGCCGGAGGAGGAGGAGCAGUGAGGAAGAGGCAGCAGCUCUCAGAGGAGCUCCUCCUGCAGGAGCUGUCGUCUGCCUUCACCAAGAAGACCGAGGAGGAGGAGGAGGAGGAGGAGCAGGAGGAGCAGGAGCAGGAGGAGGAGAGGCCGUAUGAUGUCUGAGCAGAACCUGACAGAACCUUCAGGUUCUGAUACAAACACUGGAUCAGAACCACCUGGAGUCUGAGACCAGGAACCGGCUCGGAUCAUCUGGUUCUGCUCAGGACAGGAAGUCUCACCUGAGGACAGGUGAGACUUCCUGUCUGAUGGAUCAGAACCAACACAAUGUGACGGACCUGCAGAGGUUCUCUAACACUGAUAAACAAAUAAACAAACAAAUAAACUCUGAUUUAUGUUUAAUAAUAAAGUCUUUGAUGUUUGAAA